UUUUUGUCAUGAAACACACCUUUAACUGUUACUGUCAAGGCGACAUAUGAGCACGGAGCAUACCUGCUCUCGUGCGAUGGGGCUGCUGCAGUGUGUAAAAUCAUGCUUGUGUACAGAUGGAGAAAACAGCGGCGCUGUGGCAGAAACAGACAAAACCGACAGGCCUUUUACACAGCACAGGCACAUGACUGCGUUACUAACACAAAACGCGAUUGUGUUCCUGCGAUUUCUGCUUCACUGCCCUCAGUCAGAGAGUUGAACAGUGAUGAAGAAGAGGAUGGUGAGCAGCCAAGCCAAGUACGAGCUGAUCCAGGAGGUGGGCCGGGGCAGUUACGGGGUGGUUUACGAGGCAGCCGUACGGCAGACCGGCGCUCGCGUGGCUGUGAAGAAGAUCCGCUGUCACUCCCCAGAGAACGUGGAGCUGGCCUUGAGGGAGUUCUGGGCCCUCAGCAGCAUCCAGAGCCAGCAUCCCAACGUCAUCCACCUGGAGGAAUGCAUUCUCCAGAGAGACGGCCUCGCUCAGCGCAUGAGCCACGGCUCCAGCUCCUCGCUCUAUCUGGAGUUGGUGGAGACUUCCCUGAAAGGUGAGAUCGCAUUUGACCCCCACUGCGCCUACUACCUGUGGUUCGUCAUGGACUUCUGCGACGGUGGAGACAUGAACGCCUAUCUCCUGUCCCGCAAACCCAGCCGAAAGACCAACACCAGCUUCAUGCUGCAACUGGGCAGCGCACUCGCCUUCCUCCAUCGCAACCAGAUCAUCCACAGAGACCUCAAACCUGACAACAUUCUCAUCUCGCAGGGCAGAACCCCUGCUGGGUCCCCAGAACCCACCCUAAAGGUGGCUGAUUUCGGCCUCAGCAAAGUCUGCUCUUGUUCUGGCUUGAACCCCGAAGAACCGGCAAGCGUCAACAAGUGUUUCUUGUCCACAGCGUGUGGGACAGAUUUCUACAUGGCCCCUGAGGUCUGGGAGGGCCACUACACUGCAAAGGCUGAUAUUUUUGCAUUGGGGGUCAUCAUAUGGGCCAUGGUGGAACGGAUUACGUUUGUGGAUGUAGAGACUCAGAAGGAGCUAUUAGGGAGCUACGUACAGCAGGGGGAAGAUAUAGUCCCAUUGGGAGAGGCUCUGCUGGAGAAUCCUAAGAUGGAGCUCCACAUCCCGGCACGGAAAAAGAGCAUGAACGCUGGCAUGAAGCAACUGAUUCGGGAGAUGCUGUCUGCCAAUCCCCUGGAGCGACCUGACGCCGUUGAGUUGGAGCUCAGGCUGGUUCGGAUCGCAUGCAGGGAACUUGAUUGGGAUACGUGAAAGGACAGCAUCUUGGAUAUGGGGUAAACUUCUAGGACAAUGGGCUUUAAGCUUGAAGUGAGAACACAUUAUUUGCCCUUGUCCCAAAUGGCACACAGGGGUCUUGUGGUCUUUAAACCCUGCUCCUGAAGAAAUACCAUCCUGCAGACCUCAGCUCCAACCCUGUUCCCACACACCUACCUGUAAUUAAGUAAACCUGAACACUUUAAGUAGCUGGUUCUGGUGCAUUUGAUUGGGGUUGGAGCUCUGCAGGGAAGUAGCUCUGGGGUUAAAUAUGCCUGCAGUAAGGUUUCCCAUUUGGGAAUUCAGUUUAGGCUCCAUUUGCUGAGCCCACGAUUACCAGUGCUACAAAGUAUAAAAACCUUUUUGUAGAGGAAUGACCACAUAGGCUGGUGGUGCUGUUUGGGACAGGGCCUUUUGGAGUGUUUUUUUUUUUUUUUUUUUUUUUUUUUUUGUGGGCGAUUGCACUGGUCUUUUUUUUUCUCUCAAUGGUUUUCUUACAGUUUAGUACAACUUAUUUAUUGAUUAUCAACAGUCUUUAAUAUGUUAAUGCUUAUUAUGGUCUCACCUGUUCAGAAACACACUGGGACUUUCAUCAGUGAGGGUCCAGGUGGGCUUCAGUGGGGUUUCAUUGAUGGAAAUACCAGAUAUCCACCUUCCAUUGACCAUAAACCAGAACAUUCCAUCUCAUUCCAUCAAGACAUCAGAUAGUAUGUAGAUUAGGGCUGGGCUAAAAAUGAAGAGUUCAAUAUUUUUAUUUUGGUGGUGUCUGAUUUACUUUCUUUGCUCAUGAUGGCUAGAAAAAUGGCGAUAUUAAUAAUUUUUUUUGCCACUUAACAACAUAAGAAUGAAUAUAUUGUAUAUAUUCAAGUCAAUGCCCAGCCCUGAUGUAGUUUUAAUACAGCACAGCAAAAAGACUCGUGGCUUCCAUCUUUCUUGGGGAUUAUUCCCUAUGAGAGCUACUCUCACCACAAUCCCGGUGCUAAUUCAACUUGUAAUGCAAAGUGGACAACAUGCAGCAAAUAACGGCUUUUUUUUACAGCCACCUUUUUUCCAGUCAAUUUAACAGCUUUUUACAACAGGAUUAAUAUGUUUUUCUGUUCUUCACACUCAAAAGGGCUUCAGGGAGUUGUAUUUCUAUCACUCAAUUAAAAAGAAUUCUGCAAAAACCAUCAAGGCAAUAGUUUACAUUUGGACAAGAUAUUCAGCAAAUUAUUCUGUAAUAUGUGAUCCUGCUGAACAAGUGACGCAUUUUAGUAAAACAAACAAAACAAGAUUAAAAAAAGAGUGCUUUCAAGAUCAAGUUUCAAGGCAUUUCAGACAGUGUCUGAUAAACGAACACAAAAAUAUUCUGUCUUUACCUCUUGCUGGACACUGGUUUUGCCGCUAAAAGCAGCUGUGUGUAUGUGUGAACUGUGUGUCCAUUAUGGAGCACCAGGUGUAAAGCAAACUAAAGCCUCGAUUUGAGGGGCUGAGUUCAUAUUCAAAAAGAAGCACGCAGGAACUUUCAACAAAGAAGUGUAAAAUGGGAACGAACAAUUAUGGGCACUUUUUUUCAAUGCUAUUUCUGGUAUUUCUGUCUGACAGGUUAAACCUUGAUGAACCGGUUUGAGUGGUAAUUUAGUAAACAUUGAGAUUUUGUUUUCAAAAAAUUGAGGAAAGGGUAUGGAAUUUACUUUAUGCGAAGCUGGCAAAUUUGAACUUUAUUCUUCAAAAUACUUUUUCAAACGUCAUCAAAAUGUUGUAUUCAGAAAAUUCCUGCUGCCCACUGACUUUGUUUGGUUUGGAACUACAUGCAGGGAAGUAAAUGUUUUAAUUUUGGGGCAAUUUUUGUCCUUUUAAGAGAGUAUUGGUGAUUUUAAUUGUUUUAACUUAAUUUGUGCCCUGUUUUGUUGAAAGUACCAGCUGCUCUUUCAGACAACACAAUGACUGCUGACUGAUCUACGAAUUUACUUAAGGCGUUACUCAACCUCAAAAUUUUAAUUUUGUCAUUAACCACUUACGCCCAUGUCAUUCCAAAUCCAUUAAAGCUUUGUUUGUCCUCAGAACACAAUUUUAAGAUAUUUGGGAUGAAAACCAAAAGGCUUGUCCCAUUGAAUGCCAAGUAAUAAAUACUGUCAA